GCAUAGGUCCCCCCCCCCCCUCUGGUCGACGUAGGACAAAGGAAACAGGAUGGCAGAGGCUGACGGCAAAUCCACACUGCUUAAUGGUGGCUCUGAAGAUAAAGACACAGGAGAAGAUCAACACAAGGAGGAAGAUGCCUCUGGCAGCAAAGAGGGUCAAACACAGUCAUCUCAGGAUGCUCCCAAAGAAACAAAAGAGGCGUCAGGAGACAAGCCUAUGCCAGAUGUGGAAGGAGAGACAGGAGCGAACCGAGAGGGAGAGGAUGAAGAGGACACGGACAGCAUGGAUGGCAGCGGCCUCUACUCCCUGACCGAGGAUGGAGAAAGAGAGAGUGAGGGAGGCAGACGAGAGAGGGCAAAGGAAAAAGAUGGCGGCAAAAGGGCAGCUAGAAAGAGGAACAGACCCGGCGGCGGCGGCACCACCAACCACUCUUCCAGCUCUGAUGAGGAUGACGAUGAUGAGGAGGACGAAGAACAGAAAGAUGAGGAAGAUGAUGACGAGGCUAUGGAGGCAUGGCUGGGGGCUGAGCUCCGUGACAUGCGUGGGCCUAUAUGGCGUGCGGUACCCUCGCUGCGCUCCAGAGAGAUCGGAAAGGAGUCGCACCAGUUUGUGAGGCGUGUGUGUGGAGCUCGCGGACUCGUGCAGAGGCUGGAGCUCCAGGGCCGACUGGAGAGGCACACGGGCUGCGUCAACACGUUGCACUUCAACCCCUCAGGCACACGCCUGGCGUCAGGCAGUGAUGACCUGCGAGUGGUGAUCUGGGAUUGGGCCGUCCGUCGUGCUGAGCUGGAGUUCGACAGCGGCCACAAGAGCAAUGUCUUUCAGGCCAAGUUCCUGCCUCACAGCGGAGACUCCACCUUGGCCAUGUGUGCUAGAGAUGGUCAGAUCAGAGUGGCGGAGCUCUCUGCCACCCAGCGCUGCAAGAACACCAAGCGGGUAGCACAGCACAAAGGGGCAGCACAUAAGCUGGCCCUCGAGCCGGAUUCCCCCUGCUCCUUUCUGUCUGCUGGGGAGGACGCUGUGGUGUUUGGUAUUGACCUGCGUCUAGACCGUCCCGCCAAUAAGCUGGUGGUCGUAAAGGAGGGUGACAAAAAAGUGGGCCUGUACACCAUCUUUGUCAACCCAGCAAAGACACAGCACUUUGCUGUAGGCGGCAGAGAUCAGUAUGUGAGGAUCUACGACCAGAGGAAGAUUAAUGAGAACGAUAAUAAUGGUGUACUGAAAAAGUUUUGUCCUUCACAUCUGGUAUCCAGCGAGUCCAAAACCAACAUAACCUGCCUCGUGUACAGCCACGAUGGCACAGAGCUCCUGGCCAGUUACAAUGACGAGGACAUCUACCUGUUUGACUCCAACCACAGUGACGGGGCGGACUAUCGCAGGAGAUAUAAAGGACACCGCAAUAAUGCCACAGUGAAGGGCGUGAACUUCUACGGGCCCAGCAGUGAGUUUGUGGUCAGUGGCAGCGACUGCGGACACAUUUACCUGUGGGACAAGUACUCCGCUCGCAUCGUUCAGUUUAUGGAGGGAGACAGAGGAGGAGUGGUGAACUGUUUGGAGCCACAUCCCCAUCUGCCAGGUAUGGCCACCAGUGGCCUGGAUCAUGAUAUCAAGCUGUGGGCUCCCACUGCCGAGGUCCCCACAGGACUCAAGGGCUUAAAGGAGGUGAUGAAGAAAAACAAGCGGGAGCGCGACGAGGACAGCAUGCGGCACGGCGACCAGUACGACACCCAGCUGCUGUGGUUCCUGAUGAGACACAUGAGGAACAGACGGCCCCCGAGGGCCCGCCGUGAGGGUGCAGACCCAGACACAGAUGAGUCCUGGAGCUCUCCAGAUUCCUCUGAUGAAGAGGAAGGAGGUCCAGACCACGUCCAGUGCAUGUCCUCCUGAGCCGCAUACACACACACACACACACACACACACACACACACACACGCACACGCACACGCACACGCACACACAUGCAUACAUACAUAUACAUACUUUAUUGCCCUUGAAUUGAUGCACAUAGGCAAGCACUAUUGACACACUGGCACAAUCAAACACUGAUGAGCCACAGACUUGUUUUGUUUUCUUUUCUCUUUUUUUUUUUCUUCUUUCGGUUUAUUUUUUACACAUACAAACUCAUACAGAUACACACAUACAUUUACUUAAACAUACUGUUGAAGCAGAGUGACAAGAGAUGCUUAACGCCUGGUUUCCCAGCAGUUACGAGUGUGAAAAAGGCUGACUACAGAGUGCACACACGCUUCCAAAAUCCUGAUGGUUUUUUUUGUUUGUUUGUUUGACAAUUGUAUGAAGAGGUCUAGUGAGUGCUUACAUCCCUAUAAACAACUUGGAGACACCCCUGCAUGUCCAUACAUUCACUAUAUGCUCUACCCAGCCCCAGAACGAUGUACUGUGCGUGUAUGGCAACAAGCACCUCCUCUUUACGCGACCUGUAGUAAGCUAUACAUCACCAGCACACAAUCCCCCUCCUCUCUCUCUCGCUUAGUAACACACCUCUUGCUCUCCACCUCCACCUUUUUUAGCUGAAGAAGAGAGGCUCAGCAGGGAGGGAGGGGCGUAGAAUCACACUCUCAAACCAUCCCCUAAAUGUGACUUCCUUUAAGAUUUGAACUUUUUAGGGGGGGAGACCCUCACUGCAUCAUCACCCCCAGUCUCAUACUGAUUUCUGUCCCUGAAGCUUGAGCAGCUAGUUGCAUUUAUCACAGGUUUUCUCUCCGAGGACUACUAAAUCUCUACAUGCUGCAUCAUCCUACAUGCUGCCCUCAGCUACUCCCUCCCCAUCCUCUUUUCCCAUCACCCUCCCCCUCACUACGGAGUGCACUUUGAAUCAGGGAUGCUUUAGUUUGAGACACAGACAAAAAAAAACGUGCACUAAGUUUGUGAUUUUCAGGGGGGAAGGGGCAGUCGUCUUGUUUGAUGCUUGUAUCUCUCAUCGCAAAAAAAAACCCACAGUGAAAUUUAGUUGAUUUUUUCUUUUUGUCGUUGCUGUUUUUGAGUGGGGCGGAUAAAUAUAUUGUUUUGCACUUAAGCAUUUCUUGACUGAACUCCAGUCAAAAAGGAAGGAGGUUUCUUUUUUGCUUCCACCAGCCUUUUUCCUCCUCCUUCCAUCCUGGCACCCAUCUUUGACAGGAAAUCUCCAGUUCACCUCUCUCAGUGAACAUGAAAAUACAGAGAUGGCAGGUGCUCAGCAUGUGCAUAGGAUAUAAGGACUGAUUACAGGCUCUGUUGGGGAACUGUGUGAUUUUUUUUUUUUUUGUUAAGCGUCAGAACCGACCUGGAUCAAAUCGCAAUUGUGAAACGCCGCGGAUGAGCCUAUUGAGAUAGGAAUGAUAAAGGGCUGCAGUCGUUAAUGUGGCUCCUUAAGCGUCUCGAAUCAAUUGCUGAAUUCUAUUUUUCAGAUGAAACGUUUGAACCAGGUCGGCCAGCGCACCGCUCGUGAGGAAUCUUCUGUCUGUUCUGUAUUAACAUUGGCUCAAAGAGGAGGACGGGGGUAUCGGGGUCAAUAUGCUUGCCAGUCAUUUGUUGUGUGAAAGCGAUAAAGUCCAGCUUUUUCUCAUUUUCUAUGAGAACUCUAGUUAGUUGAAUUUAUAUGUACAUAUAUAAAUAUAUAUUAAAACUGUAAAAAAAAAAAAAAACAACUUUAGCAAAUGCUGUUUGACUUUGAAAAAAAGAUGUCAAAACAUUUGAUUGGUAUUGAUGCAGAGGUUUAUAUUCUAUAUGAGGACAAAGUACUUUUGAAAUUCAGAGCAAAAAAAAAAAAAAGUUGACUUAAGGCACCAUUUGUGUUCACUUUUUCCUUUCUGAAUGACAUCCCUCUGUUACGAACAGAACCGCUGUCAUUUCAAGUGUUGAAGUUUUGAACGUCUUUCUUGUUCAAGAAAAAAAAGAAAUCAGUAUUUCCUUUCUAGACUUUGAUCCAUCAUUUGAGACAACUGAAUCCAGAUUUUUUCCCACUGACUAUUUUUGGCAUCUUGUAUACAUAAUGAGGCUUUUGAUGAACAGGUUUUUUCCACCACUGCCUAAAAUUGCAUUCUACCAGUUCAGUUGGAAAAUAUGUACAAUUCGUGCAAUAAACAAAGAGACAGUGCUCUUGAUGUUGUCGUUU